UUACCACAUUGACACAGAGAAUGAAUCAGCUUAGUGACCAACCAUACAAAGUGGAGCGUCUUCAACCUCAACGUAUACAUCUUCGAACAAAACGCGUAAAACGAUGUCGUUCGUGUCGUCAUAUUCUUAUCAAACCUGAACAAAAAGCUCAAGCCACCAGAUUUAAAAUUAAACUUGUUGCCCUAAAUAGUAUUCCAAAAAUUACUAUAACAAGUUUGCCAAAACUUAUUCUCAACCAACAAACAAAAAUCAUACUAAAGUUUUCUAACCCUUUAUAUGAAGAAAUCAUAGUUGAUUUGGCUUUAAAAGAUGAAACCACUGAAUAUGCCAAGAUUACAUUACUUGCCCCACAUUUCAACAUAACUCCUUACAAUGAAGUUUGGGAAUAUGAACAAGACUUCAUUACUUCAAAAGGUCGUCCACUUUCAAUUACAAGUGCACCAAAAGUUGAUGCUGGUAUUUACGAAAGGCGUGGUAAUUAUACUAGUGUUGUAAUUGAAAUAACGCCAUUGGCUGAAAUCGACGAACUUAAGGUAACUUAUGUAAGCAAAAUUAACGAUAGUAAUGAUAAUGAAACUUCCGGGACUUCUGGAGAUGCACCAGCUGGCGACUCAUCAACUACUACUGAGACAGCGCCAUCUGAUAAACAGAAUACUGAUAAGGAUGAUUCUACUUCAUCUACAUCAACUACAAAAAGUUUGUCUUUUUGGACCGUUAUUGGAUUGGGACCUGUG